AUGUCCACGACACUAGCUGCGUGUGAUCGCGCCAAGGCGGCGCUGGACGCCGUCAAAGCCAUGGUCCCGGACUCGGCGCUGGCAGAGAAGUUGCUCAGAAGGCGCUUGUACAACCGCGAACAGCAAAGACGCCAUCGAUACCACAAAGCUGAAGAAGCCGCACGACUUCGUAUCGAAGUUGCUCGGCUCGAGGAUAAAAAAGCAAAGGUCGCGGACGGCAGGCAUGUUGAUGAAACGGACACGAUGCUUCCGUGGAAGGAAGUGUGUUGUGCGAUCCUAGAGUCGAUCGAAGACACGAGCCAAGCGAAUCGCAGCUUGCAAAAACGCAGUCGUCGCAACCAGGACCUGAUACAGCGCAUCACAUCUUGGAUCUCGAGCUGUCGGGUUCCGAUUGUGAGUCAUCUGGACGACAAGAGAACGUGGCGGCAUGUCACCCUACUCAGUCAUCCCCCCACCAGGAAACUCGGCUUCGACUGGAUUACACAGCAAUUGUACUACAACGCGAAUCCAAUGUUCCAGUCGAACAACUUUCCAUCGCUUGCAUCACGUGAAUACCUUGGGGAUUUCCAUUGCGACACCUCCGUUGACGACUCGUUCCAGUAUACGUGGCGUGUUCAACGGGACCUGCACAUUCCAUUUGACCAAGUCGUCCGCACAAUUCAAGACAAAGUCGUGCAUUACCUCAUUGGUGCAGCUUGGUCCAAGGAAUGGUCUACCGUCAACGUUCUGCCGCCGGUUCCAUUAGAUACCCCAUUGCUUCGAGAAAUCGGUGGGAAAAUUGCCUAUGGACGAACGCAUCGCAGUGCCGACGAAGACGUGAAUUUCCUGUGCCGCGAGUUCUCGGAAGAUGGAAAAAUCACGAUCGUGGCACAACACAUUCAUGACGACGAGAACCUCCAACAAUGCAAGGUGCAGUGCAAUCGAAUGUUCUGGUUCGUCGCAGUCCAUGCCCGUCAAACUUUGUAACAUUGUUUCCUCUUCAGGGUGACCGUGGAUCGCAUAUCUGACGACAUCUCGACGUUGCGGGUCCUCUUUUUGAGCUCGCACUACUUCAACCAGGAAGGCAGCGUGCCGUUCGAAGAAGAGUGCCAUUACCAUUGGGGUCUGGACCUGAGUCACAUCGAGAACAACGGCGUCAAGCUGGCGGCCUUCCAUCAACACAUUGCCCGCGCCGGCAAUGAAUUCGUUGGCGCCCUUGUGCCUCUCCUGGACUGUCCUUGAAUGUUGCAGUUUCCGCGCGCUUUGAAAUGGAAAAUACCUCUCAUAUUUAAUAGAUUGACCUCCCAUACUCUAUUUUGGUUGAGCGUGGGUCGUGAAAGUGUCGCGUCGGUUGCCGUGAAUCGGGGACGCCUCGAAGUCUA